AUGGCUUCGCCACGUGGACGGCGCAGACGGAGUUCACUACCCCCGAAUCAGGAUCAAAUCGUCACACUUAAUCCUGCCUCGCCUGAUUUGAACCCGAUCGAACACGCCUGGAUGAGGCUUAAAGAGACUAUCUAUCAGCUAGACCCUCAUAUCGAGAGCUAUAGAGGUACUAAAGAGGAGAUCAGGCGAUAUUUCAAAGGUCUUAUCGAGCAAGUGUGGAUAGAGAUAUCGCAGGAUUACUUUGACAACUUGAUUGAAUCGAUGCCGCGGCGGGUGGAGGCAGUAAUUGCUGCGCAAGGGUGGUAUACCAAAUAUUAA